AUGCCUCCCAAGAAGAAGAAUGUGGAGUCCGCGGCUGCCAAGCCUGCAAAGGCUUCAGCGGCCAAAACAACAACCAAGCCCGCCGCGACUGGCCGUGGUCGCCCCAAGAAGACCGACACCAACACGGCCACCCAACCCACCAAGACCACCAAGGCCUCGGUGAAGAAGGUCACCGAGACGGUGAUGAAGAAGGACCCCGCCCCCGCCGCGUCAACAAAGAAGACGCAGCCCGCCGCGACAACAAAGAAGACGCAGCCCGCCGCGAAGGCGCCAGAGGCCAAGGGCAAGGCCGCGACCAAGGCCUCGACCAAGGCCACCACCAUGUCGACCACCGUGUCCAAGAAGCGGAAGGCCGACGACGCCGAGGAGGAGAAGCCUCGCGCGCCCAAGAAGCCUCGCGUCAUCCGCGAGCCCAAGGCCAAGGUCGUCAAGGCCAAGGUCGUCAUCAACGACGUCCCGAAGACCCGCCUCAACGUCUUUGUUUGUGGCGAAGGUAGCUCUGGCGAGCUGGGCCUGGGUGCCGCAAAGGCCGCCAUCGACGUCAAGCGGCCCCGCCUCAACAAGUUCCUGGAUGCCCAGGAAGUUGGCGUCGUCCAAGUCGCCGUGGGAGGCAUGCACUGCCUGGCCCUCACCCACGACAACAAGAUCUUGACGUGGGGCGUCAACGACCAAGGCGCACUCGGACGCGACACCACCUGGGACGGUGGUUACAAAGAGAUCAAGGAGGAUGCCGGCAGUGACUCGGAAUCGGAUGAGGAUGACGACGACAGCGGUCUGAACCCCCGGGAAUCGACUCCCACUGCGAUUCCUUCCAGCGAGUUCCCUGAGGGAACUGUCUUUGUUGCCGUCGCCGCCGCCGACAGUGCGAGCUUUGCCCUGACUGAUGAUGGUCAGGUUUACGGUUGGGGAACCUUCCGAAGCAACGACGGAGUCCUGGGCUUUGAUCCCGAUCACCACAUUCAGACCACCCCCAUCCCCAUUCCCGCCCUCAAAAAGAUCAAGCAACUUUCCUGCGGCGCCAACCACGUCCUCGCCCUGAAUGACCGUGGUAGUGUCUUCUCUUGGGGUUCUGGCCAGCAGAACCAACUUGGUCGCCGCAUCGUCGAGCGCACUAAGCUCCAUGGUCUGCAGCCUCGCGAGUUCGGCCUACGCAAGAACAUUGUUCACGUGGCCUCCGGCUCCUACCACUCCUUCGCCGUCCACGCCAACGGCACCGUCUACUCCUGGGGUCUGAACAGUUUCGGUGCCACUGGUAUCCGGGACAACGCUGGUGACGAUGAAGCCGCCAUUGCCCACCCAGUCCCCGUUGAGUCGCUCUCCAACCGCGGCAUCACUCAGAUCAGUGGCGGCCUUCACCACUCGAUUGCCCGCACUGCCGAUGGCAAGUGCCUGAUUUGGGGCCGUUGCGACAGUCACCAGAGCGGCCUCAAGAUCGACUCUCUCCCCGAUAGUUCAGUCAUCAAGGAUGACCAUGGUGCUCCUCGCAUUCUGAUCGAGCCCACUCAAAUCCCCGGUAUCAACGCCGUCGUUGUUGCCGCCGCUUCCGACCACUCGCUUGCUAUUGACGCUGAUGGUCGUGCUUGGUCUUGGGGUUUCUCCGCCACCUACCAGACUGGACAGGGCACCCAGGAUGAUAUCGAGGUGGCCACCAAGAUUGACAACACUGCCACUCGGGACCGCAAACUGAACUGGGCCGGUGCCGGUGGCCAGUUCUCCAUCUUCACUGAUCCUGCCUGA